AUGGCCGAGGCCGUGGCCGCGACGAAGCCGCGCAACAACUGGACCAGGGAGGAGAUUGCCGCCAUCUACUACCAGCCUCUGCUGGAGCUGACGUACCAAUCGGGCUCCCUGCACCGCCGCUUCCACGCCCCCGGCGAGGUCCAGCUAUGCACCCUCAUGAACAUCAAGACGGGCGGCUGCUCCGAGGACUGCUCCUACUGCGCCCAGUCGUCGCGCUACUCCAAGGACACAGGCCUCGAGGCCAAGAAGAUGGAGUCGGUCGAGUCCGUGCUGGAAGCCGCGCGCCAGGCCGCCGCCAACGGCAGCACGCGCUUCUGCAUGGGCGCCGCCUGGCGCGACAUGCGCGGCCGCAAGUCGGGCCUCAAGAACAUUGUCGAGAUGAUCAAGGGCGUCAAGGCGCUGGGCAUGGAGGCGUGCGUGACGCUGGGCAUGAUUGACGCCGAGCAGGCGCGCCAGCUCAAGGACGCCGGCCUGACGGCGUACAACCACAACGUCGACACCAGCCGCGAGUUCUACCCGUCCGUCAUCUCGACCCGCUCGUACGACGAGCGGCUGGCGACGCUGGGCCACGUCCGCGACGCGGGCAUCAACGUCUGCUCAGGGGGCAUCCUCGGCCUGGGCGAGUCCUCCGAGGACCGCGUCGGGCUGCUGCACACCGUCUCGACGCUGCCCAAGCACCCGGAGAGCUUCCCCGUCAACGCCCUGGUCCCCAUCAAGGGCACGCCGCUGGGCGACCGCGAGCCCAUUGCCUUUACCAGCAUGCUGCGCACCAUUGCCACGGCCCGCCUGCUGAUGCCGGCCACCAUCAUCCGCAUUGCCGCCGGCCGCAAGACCAUGUCGGAGGAGAAGCAGGCGCUAUGCUUCAUGGCUGGCGCGAAUGCCAUCUUCACCGGCGAGAAGAUGCUGACGACGGAGUGCAAUGGCUGGGACGAGGACAGUGCCAUGUUUGGGCGGUGGGGGCUGGAGCCGAUGAAGAGCUUUGACAAGAAGCCUGUGGAGGCGUAG